UAUUGGGUUGCUAGGAGACCAAGUUGGAGGAGCUUAGCCUUCUAACUGGCAGCAAUUGGAUAAAAGCAAUUAUUCCUCUCCCUCUAAUUAGAACUUUAUUUUUCUUUUCUUUUUGUUGUAUCAACCUAGAGGCGUGGAUGAUGGGUUGUGUUGUCAAAUUUCGAGGUUGGGGGGCCUGUAGUUUUGUUGUUUUGUGGGUCGCCGUGAUGCCAUCACUCUUUUAUAUAUAUAGAUUUGUUCAGAUUUUUUUCUUUUUUAUAUAAAUAUGGACAUUUUAGCUUUGUUUUUGGUUUUUGGGGUUUUUUUCUCUCUCUCCCUUUUUGAUCUUUUUUAAAUCUCAGUUUUCCUACUUUCUAUGCCAUCAAAUGUUCUCACUCUUUCAAUGUUAAUUUACUCUAUCUUAUAAGGUAAAACUUCAAUUAAAAAUAUUUUUUUAAAAAAUAUCUUUAAAAAAAAGUUUGGCUGCUUCCUGCUUGGGGAUCGAUCCUUUGUUGGGAGGUCUUAGCUGGCCCUGAUUGUUUCUUACUGAAACAAGCAGAGACAUCAUGCUGUCAACGAAGGUCUGCAUAGUUAAAGCAAUGGUAUUCCCCAUAGUAACCUAUGGAUGCGUGAGCUGGACCAUAAGGAAGGCUGAGCGAAGGAAGAUAGACGCUUUUGAACUUUGGUGCUGGAGGAAAAUCCUGAGAGUGCCUUGGACCGCAAGAAGAUCCAACCAGUCCAUCCUCCAGGAACUAACGCCCGGCUGCUCACUGGAGGGAAGGAUAUUAGAAGCAAAAAUGUAGUAUUUCGGCCACAUCAUGAGAAGACAGGAAAGCUUGAAAAAGAUCAUGAUGCUGGGGAAAAUGAAAUGAAAAAGGAAGAGAGGUCGACCAAGGGCGAGAUGGACGGACAGUAUCCUUGAAAUGACUGGCUCAACCUUGAAGGAACUGAGGGCAGCGACAGCCAGCCGACAGGGAGCUCUGGAGUGGGCUUGUCCAGGAGGUCACAAAGAGUCAGAAAUAACUGAGUGAAUGAAGAAGAAGAUGAAGAAGAUUAUUUCUUCUCUGAAAUUCCUGUUUUUUUAGCGUUGUUCUUUAUUUACUAUCCUGGUUUUAGAGUUUUUUUAAUACUGGUAGCCAGAUUUUGUUCAUUUUCAUGGUUUCUUCCUUUCUGUUGAAAUUGUGCACAUGCUAACAUCUCCCAACAAAGGAUCACCCAGGCAGGAAGCAGCCAGGCUUUGAAGCUGCAAGGCCAAUCAAUGCUAAUCAAGGUGCUAAUCAAGCUGGUCAGUUUCAACAUUCACACUUUCCUCAACCUGUGUCCAGGUUGUUUCAUCAAGUGCUCUGCUAUGGCCAGCUAACACCUCUCAACAAAAGGAUUUUCCCAAGCAGUAAGCAGACAGACCUUGAAACUGAAAGGCUGUUCAAUGUUAAUCAUGCUGGCCAAUUGCAACAUUCACACCUGCCUCAAACAUAAUUCUUUCUCCCACCCUGGACAUUCCACAGAUAUAUAAACCACUCUUGCCUAGUUUCCAACAGACCUCACAACCUCUGAGGAUGCUGUUGAGGUUUAUAAAGACACCAUAAUGGAUGAGUAAACUGGAAAGAUACGUGUAAGAAGCUGAUUGGCUGAGCCUGCAAACAGCCAGCAAUCUGAUUGGUCAAUUUCUCUGCCAUGCUACUGGGGAACUGAUUUGAGCAGGUUUUACCUCAGUGUGUGUGUGUGUGUGUGCUGACUAGAAAUAGCCGGGAGAGAAGAUGCCUGCCGGCUCUCAGUGGCCCUGUUAUUUCUAAGGCACUGAGGCAAUUUAAUGGACUAUAAAAGGACUAUUCCCUACACCUUCCCUACACCUACCCUACUGGAUAAGCGAAUAUGUUGGAUAAUAAGGAGAGAUUAAGGAGAAGCCUAUUAAACAUCAAAUUAGGUUAUGAUUUUACAAAUUAAACACCAAAACAUCAUGUUAUACAACAAAUUUGACAGAAAAAGUAGUUCAAUACGCAGUAAUGCUACGUAGUAAUUACUGUAUUUACAAAUUUAGCACCAAAAUAUCACAAUGUAUUGAAAACAUUGACUACAAAAAUGCAUUGGAUAAUCUAGAAUGUUGGAUAAGCGAAUGUUGGAUAAGUGAGAUUCUACUGUAAUCAAAACUAUUUACCUUUCAAUAAUAUUUUUAGAAAGGACUAUUUAUUCCUACUGUUCUCUGUAAGCAAUCAGAGAGACUAUUGUAAAUAUUAUUGCUCUGUUUGAUCAUUUUGAAGUCAGUAAAGUUCCUGUCAAUUGUUCUACAAAGCUGAGUGGCACAUCAUUACCCUGCAGGGUGACUUUGGUUCACAGGUGGACAUAAGAGCUUCUAUUUAACAUCAUCUUCAAUCCUUAACAGAUGCCUGCCAUAGAUGCAGGUGAAAUGUCAGGUGAGAAUGCUCCUGGAACAUAGUCAUACAGCCCAGAAAACUCACAGCAACCCAGUGAUUCCGGCCAUUAAAGCCUUCGACAAUCUUAUGAAAUUACAUAGAGGCCCAAUUGUUCUGCUUCAAGAGAGUCGGCUUACCAUUUAAAAUUCUACCUCAUCCUAAGCACAAACAUAACACACACCACAGCAUCAACAGACACACACACACCGUCUGUUGCCCUAUUUCCAUUUCAAUGGCUUUUUCCCCUUUCUCUAUUCAUCUCUCUUCAUGCUCUUUUUACUCUCUUUAUCCCCUACCCUAAAGGAGCAGCUGGCGAGCCAGAAAAGAAGAGUCCCUUUUGAAAUUCCCUCCAGGCCGUCUUCUCCUCUAUUUAUUGGUGUGCUGAGCCACCUCUCGCAUGCCACCACAGUCCCCCCUCACAAACACAAAAGGACCCCUUUAGCUUGUCAUUGGCCGCUCCUAUGGGGUGGGGGGACAGGGGGGCAAGAUGGGAUUUGCAGACAACGUGACAGCUGCGUUGGGCCUGCCCUAUAAAUUAAAUAGAGAGAAGGAGGGAAAUUUGAAAAUCGUAUUGGAGAAACGGAGCAUGGACUUUGAGACAGAAGCCAGUGAAACUUCGCAGGCAAGGAUGCAGUCACCAAGGGCCCAUGGUAAGAGGAAGCCAAAUCUAGAGCAGCCCAAACGCCUGGUGUACAAAAAGAUCAUUAAACCGCUUAUGGAAAAAAAACGAAGAGAUCGCAUUGCCCAUUCUCUGAACCAGCUAAAGGCUCUGUUGCUAGAUGUGCCCAAUCAAGGCAACAAGUCUUUCCCCAGUUCUCGCACGGACAAGGCAGCGCUUCUUGAAAUGACUGUGAAGCGGAUCCAAACUUUGCAGCUAGCAGUGGCAGAUGACAGGGGCUUCCAGACUGGGUGCUUGCGUUGUGCCUCCUUUGCUCCAGCCACCAUCUCAGAGAAACAGCCGUAUCCAGAACCUCCCAGUCAAUCCAUUCCCAACAAUGAGAUCUUCUCACUGGUAACUCCUCCUCAAGCCUCUGGCCUGGAAAAGAUCUCAAGCUGGAAUGAAGAGAAGGCGGCUUUCCGCGGCCUCCAGCGUCCUGGAAAACCAGUCUCCUCCAUGGUUCUGAGCAGAACUGGGUCUCAUGGAUUCUGGAGACCCUGGUCUACCUGAGUCUCUUAUAUUUUUUAAAGCCCAUGACUGAAGGAGAGGAUAAUAGAUGACAGGACUAUAGCCUCUAAUUUAUUUGAUAUUUGGAAAACAAUGUUAGAAAAUCUUUUUUUGCUCUAUGAAGCAUGUACCGUCUUGUUCUUGUUCUUGCUGUUGUCUCUCGUCUUAAGCACCAUUACUUGUAAGUUUUUUUUAUGUCUCUUCAUGUGUUGCUAUUUUAUUCUGAAUUUAAUGUUGUCCAUGUGUUUUGCAUUAUAAAAAUGAAGAAAUUGUG